AUGAUGGCUUACUCAAAACCUGUGAGUUCAGUGGGAGAUAAUAUGUCAGUAGCUACUGCACCAACGAAGCCUAGGAUUUUACUUGCUACUAGUGGGAGUGUUGCUGCUGUUAAAUUUGCAAAUCUUUGUCAAUGUUUAUGUGAAUGGGCUGAAGUAAGAGCAGUUGCCACAAAUCCAUCCUUAUAUUUUAUUGACAGAACAGCGAUUCUCAAGGAUGUGAUUUUGUAUACGGACAACAAUGAAUAUUCUAGUUGGAAGAAACUAGGAGAUAGUGUGCUUCACAUUGAGCUUCGGAUAUCAUGGUCAUUGCUCCAUUAUCGGCAAACACUCUUGGCAAGAUUGCUGGAGGCUUGUGUGACAAUUAAAUAG